AUGGCAAUGUGCGAACGGAACCCUCUGAGCCCGCCGGGCUACGUGGGACCUCUGUUGAAUUUGGCGCCGACCCCAGAGACGCUCUACUUGUCCAACUUGCGAGGCGGCAACGCCGGGGCCCACAUGCCCCCGCUGCACCACCACCACCAUCACCACCAUCACCACCACCUCCCUUACAACAGGAGGGCAGAGCUGUGCUCGCUCCCGUGGCCCGCCUCGAGUUCGGGUCCGGCUGCGCAGAGCCGCGCCUUCGGGACCUACUGCCCGACUUUUCGCACCAACUCCACCGCCAACCCGGCCAAGUCUCCCCUCCAGGACGAGCCGGCGUCUCACAAGGCGCCGCAGUCGAGCGUCGUUCACGAGGCUUACGCCGCCGAGGAGCUGCAAGGCCACGCCGGGGGGCAGCGGGGGUUCCUGGACGGGCUCGGUUCUUCCACCGGCCAUCUGGACCAGGAGUGCGCGCGACGAUUGCAUGUCAACAACAAGCAGCUCGAGCCAGCUCGGCCUCCGUCCACUCUCGCGUGUUUUGCUGAAGGUAGCCCGUGGUGCUCCUCCCUGCAGCAGGUGAGGAAUAGAAAGAAGAGGAAGCCGUACUCCAAGCCUCAGCUGGCUGAGCUGGAGAGCGAGUUCCUGCUCAACGAGUUCAUCAACAGGCAGAAACGCAAGGAACUUUCGGACAGACUGGAUCUGAGCGACCAGCAAGUGAAAAUCUGGUUCCAGAACCGCAGGAUGAAGAAGAAGCGGCUCAUGCUGCGAGAGCAAGUCUUUGCUCCCUACUGA